AUGCAUUCCUUUCGGGCUCUUUAUCUUGUGGGAGCAUUGGCUCUGACUCUUGUCAAUGCUGUGAGCCUCCCCGCAGGAGUCCCUCGCGACUUGUCAGAGUUCCGCGAUAAACAUCCCUACAAACCACCACACCAUGGCCACCGCAAGAUCAUCACCAUUCGCCCAUCUAAGAACGAUCAUGACGAUGCGUCGGAGAGGUUCAAGAGGGGUGUGUUGAAAGCUAAUGGUGGUGGCACACUAUAUCUACCAAAGGGAAAGACGUUUGUCAUUGGAAAGGCUUUAGACUUAACAGGGCUCAAUGACAUUCAUAUCCACCUGGACGGCGAGAUUCGGUUUACGGACGACGUUGAGUACUGGCAGGAGAAUGCCUGGUACCACCCCUUCCAGAAGUCGAUCAUGUUCUGGAAGUGGGGAGGUAAGAACAUCAAGAUCUAUGGCGAGGGAGUUAUUGAGGGCCAGGGUCAGCGUUGGUGGAAUGAAUUCGAGGCUGGAACAGGCUCCAUUCUGAACCCCGACAACAAGUACUACCGGCCUAUUCUCUUCUACGCUGAGAAUACGACGAACUUGGAGAUUUCUGGAAUCCACCUCAAGGACUCUCCUUGCUGGAACAACUUCAUCGUCAGCUCCAAGAACAUCCGAUACACUGACGUCGUGGCAACGGCUUUGUCCAACAACGGCAGCAUCAUCCCGAAGAACACGGAUUUUAUGAACACCAUGAACACUUCAACGGUUCAUAUCGAACGAGCCUGGGUCAACAUUGACGACGAUUGUUUUUCGCCCAAGCCCAACAGCUCUGAUCUCUAUGUCAACACCAUGUACUGCAACGGCACGCACGGCCAGUCCAUGGGCUCUCUUGGCCAGUACGAGGGCGAGGUUUCCAAUGUUCAUGACGUGCACAUCGAGAACGUUUGGAUGCUGAAUGGCGAUUACUCCGGUGCCCGUAUCAAGGUCUGGGCAGGUGAAAAGACUGGCACAGGAUAUGUCAACAACGUGACCUUCAAGAACUUCUGGGUUGCGCGAAUGGACUAUGGCAUCUUCCUGGACUCGUGCUACUUCAACAAAUCUGCCGAGGAAUGCAACAAGUAUCCCUCAGGUAUGGAUAUUACAAACAUCCACUUCGAGAACUUUACAGGUUACACCUCUGGAGUAUACGGAAACGCUGUUGCUCGUCUAUCAUGCUCAGCCAGCGAAUCCGCCGUCUGCUCCAACAUCACCCUCAAGGAUUUCAACGUGGAAACACCUUGUGGUGGAAAGCCUGUCAUCAUUUGCGAUGGAAUGCAUGGUGAUAUCGGGGUCGAUUGCGUUCCAUACGAGAGUGACGAGGCGCAGGCCGCGUUGAAGGCGAAGUGCAAGACACCGAUUGUUGGGAUUGAUACUGAUCCUUGGGGAAGCGGAGUUAUAGAGCAGAAGAAGGAUGCAUUUCAUCCUAUCUCGCGAGAGAUUGGCGAGGAUUAG